AUGGACGCAGCACUCAUGGUAUCCGUCUCUCUGCUUGGACUGGCUCUGGUCGUGCUCUCUCUCCCUGAGCACCAUUCACUGAACGGAGAAUAUGACAACAGAUCAGUUUCAGGAAGUGUGUACUUGGGAUCUAUGUUUGUCAAGGAGGCUCUUCAGAGAGCAGCUGAGCUGACUGAUGCUGCUUACGCUCGCACAAACGAAAGGGUGAAGAUAUCUCUGUCUGAAGGCGCCCUGAGACCCAGUGACCUUCUGGCUCAGUUUAAACAGGUUGAAGCAACAACCAGGACUCAGAUCUGGGCUGCAGAACUGCUGGACAACACAGUGGAGCUGAUCAGAGAGAUGGUCUACACUCACAAUAUGGUGCAGCCCAGCCCUCAGGAGCUGCUGAGUGAAGGAGACAUGGAGAACCUGCUGCAGGUGACGGGCUGCACCGCUGAGCUGCAGAGACCCAGCUGUGCCUCCGACUGUCUGUCUGAGCGCUACAGAUCCAUCACAGGAGAGUGCAACAACAAACAGCAUCCCAGAUGGGGGGCUGCAAACAUCCCAUAUUCCCGCUGGCUGCCUCCAGAGUACGAGGAUGCAUGGGGGACGCCCAGAGGCUGGGAUCCAGAGCAUACCUACCAUAACACCACUCUGCCUCCUGUGCGGCUGGUGUCUCAAGAGGUGCUGUUCACUCACAACGACAACAUCUCUCUGGACUCCACUCUGUCCCACCUGCUGGUGGAGUGGGGUCAGUGGAUCGAUCACGAUAUGGUGCAGAUUCCUCAGAGCCCCAGUACAGCCGCAUUCAGGACAGGAGCUGACUGCACCCACACCUGCAGCCGGGACGCGCCCUGUUUCCCCAUACAGAUCCCUCUCUCAGAUCCUCGUAAUGGCAUCCAGAGCUGCAUGCCUUUCUUCCGCUCUGCUCCCAGCUGUGUUGCAGGAGUCCUGUCUCAUCGCCACCGAGAACAGCUCAACGCCAUCACCUCCUUUGUUGAUGCCAGUAUGGUGUACGGCAGCUCCACCAGUCUGGCGUCAGCUCUGAGAAACCUUUCCUGUCCUCUGGGCUCGAUGGCCCACAACUCCCAACACUCAGACCAGGAGCUGUCCUACAUGCCAUUCCUUCCACGCUUGCAGGCUCACCUGGACCCUUGCGGCCCUCGAAACUCCACCAUCUCAGGGGACAGGUCGGACAGAUCCAAGCGCCAGGAGAACACCACGUCCUGCUUUCAAGCCGGUGAUUCCAGAGCUAACGAGCACCUGGGAAUGAUCGCAUUGCACACGCUCUUUCUGAGAGAGCACAACCGGCUGGUCAAAGAGCUGCACCUGCUCAACCCUCACUGGAGCCCUGACACCCUUUACCAGGAGGCCCGCAAGAUCAUGGGAGCCAUUCAUCAGAUCAUAACAUGGGAGCACUACCUGCCACGGGUCCUCGGUGAGGAUGCCACGUCUCAUCUGAUGCCUCCCUACAUGGGCUACGAUUCGAAGGUGGAUCCCAGCAUCGCUAACGUCUUUGCAGCUGCUGCGUUUCGUUUUGCCCAUGUCACCGUGCAGCCAGUAGUGACCAGGCUGGGGCCAGGAUACACCACGAACUCCCAGCAUCCUUCACUGCCUCUGCAUCACUCACUGUUUGCCUCUUGGAGGGUUAUACAAGAAGGUGGGAUAGACCCUGUGCUGCGUGGUCUGUUGCUGUCUCCGGCCAAGCUGCAGACUCCAGGUCAGAUGAUGGUGGAGGAGCUGACGGAGAAGCUGUUUCAGGCACAGGGAGGGAUGCCUCUAGACCUCGGGGCCCUUAACCUCCAGAGGGGUCGGGAUCAUGGCCUUCCCGGAUACAGCUCGUGGAGACGGUUCUGCAGCCUCUCUGUUCCCAACACCACAUCAGAACUGGCCGAAAUUCUAAGUAACUUCACUUUGGCUCACAAAUUACAGCUCCUGUACGGGACACCACACAAUAUCGAUGUGUGGGUGGGGGCCAUCUCCGAGCCGGCUCUUCCUGGAGGUCGGGUCGGACCACUCCUGUCCUGCCUGCUGGCGAGACAGUUCAGAGCGCUGAGAGAUGGGGACAAGUUUUGGUGGGAGAGGGAAGGCCUGUUCACCAGCACCCAGAGGAGACACCUCCGGGCCGUCUCUCUGUCCCGCAUCAUUUGUGACAACACACACAUCACUCACGUCCCCGCUGAUCCGUUCUCACACACCGAACGGUCAGAGGACAUGCUGGCUUGUUCACACCCGCUCAUCUCCCACCUCAACCUCACCCCGUGGAAAGAGCCAGACACAGAUCCCAGCUGUGGUCCAAUACCCAGGAUUCAAUCUGGCUACUCGCUGCUCUGUGACUCUGUGAUUCUGUAUCAGUGUCACUCUGGCUUCAAGCUGCUGGGAUCUUCAACUGUCAGCUGCGAUCCAAACAGCCAGCAGUGGAGUCCCACCCCCCCAGCAUGUCAAGAUAUUAACGAAUGCGAAGAACAAACUUCUCUCUGCCCACAAAACCACAAGUGCCUAAACAUACCAGGUUCUUUUAUUUGCUCAGAGCCCCCCUCGCUGUCUGCCGCCUUGGUUGUCACUGCAGUGAUAGUGGUGAUCGGUGGCGUGGCUGCGCUGCUGCUGCUGAUGUUCUGUUACCGCAGAUAUUCCACCAAGAAAGAGGAAUUAGUCAAUGCUGGAUGUUGCCAAGAGAAAAGUUAAAUAGUCUGCCAUCAUCAGGUCAUCAUCCUUGGACUCUUUGAACAUGUUUUUAACUGUGUAUAGUAGUAACAUAUUUUGUGUUGUUAAUUUAUAAUAGCUGUAGACAGACACUAUGCCUGAACGAAUCAAUACUUUACAUUAAUGAUUGUUUCCGUUGUUGACCUGCUUAUACGAUGACAUUUUGUUUGCUACUGACCAGUCUGCCAGUGCUCACUAACUCACUACAAAUCAAACUAUUUAUUUAGGUCUGUAAAGUGGUAAUCUGUGCGAUGAGGCCAUAAAAAAACAAGAUAAUAAGCUUACAAAAGUCCUUUCAAUCCGGAAACUAAAAUCUUACUGGAAUGUCUGCUCCAAAAACAGAUCUUACUGUAAAGCCUCUCUGAGUGGGAUGUGGCCUCUGUAUGCCUGUACCUGAUUCCUGCUCACAACUCUGUUAUGCAAUUAUGUGUGUAUGAGCGUCUGUGUGUGUUUCAGAGUAUUUUGUAGAAGUAGAACCUGGCGGUUCCUGGCAAUGAUCUUAAUCUAACACCAAAUCAGCGUCGUGCCCUGAGAGAAACAGGUCUCUGUGUCAUCUUGUUGUACUGGGUUAAAGUGAACUGCAGUGAAGAGUCAACAUUCUCAGAUUUCAGUCUAAACUUUACCGGACAUUCAGGUCAGCGCAGCAAAGACAUUUAUCUACUAUCAAAUUUUGUUCAAAAGGACCUAUAAAUCACACGCAAAACAAAGGUGAUGUAAUCAGGCCACCUACAAUGCCUCAUCUUUAAUGGAGUGUUUACACCAGAAGACACAGUUAAUUAUCAGUACGCUGAGGUUAGGAACCUCAAAGACCUAAAGAUGGCCAAGAAGCAGUUAUUGCACUUUCUGACACAAUGUUCUUCAUUUUUACCUUCAAGAGGUCGCGGUCUGUAAAAAUUGGCCAUUAAUAAUAAUAAAUCUAUACUAUGAGGUACAACCAUUAUAAACUGUAUAAUAUGGCUAUGUACUGCAUUCAUGCAAAGUCAUUUAUGGCUUUUACUGCACGUACAUACUGUUCACUGCAGACGUGCAAAACUACAGUCAACAGUUGUGCAUAUUACAAUCACCUGUAUUAAAGCUUUCUGACUUUACUGAACUGUCACUACGUUGAGCAUAGGUGAGUUUUAACUAAUUCAUUAACAAUAAAUCUGUUCAUUAAUUACAAGCCAGGCUAACAUGAAACGUUUCCCUUGCAAGAGGCUGCAGCUGUUUCGUUUGUGUUUUUAGAUCAGGUGGUGCAGGAGUGCAUCAAAUGCUGGGACAAAAAGUAUUGGCUGUGUUUGAGAAGAUAAUUGAAAGCAACAAUGAGAUGCUAGUGAGGAUUAUACUGCUGUUUAUGUACAAAUAAAGAACACUACCCAAAUAA